GGAGGAAAGAGUGGGGCUGGGGGUGUGGGGGGUCGCUUUUGUUCUGUAGAAAAAGGGGGCUUGUUCUCAGUCUGCCAUUUUUACCGGGGGUGUGUGAGCACUGAGCGAGAGGCUUGACACGGGAGCUUUGCGGGAUGAGAGCAGAGAGAGGAGAGUCCUGUCUGUAGUCCAGCCAUAGCCGAGCGGAGCUGCAGCAUCGAGCCAGUGCAACAACACCGAGUAAGCUCACUCUGCAAACACACCUGAAGGCCGUAGAGGACCCACGAGGAUUUAUAAAGCAGGAGGAAUAUAGUGACGGGCUGUACGUAGAAACAAGAAAGAAACUUCAUCGCAGAGCUUUUCUUCUCCAAGUGCACUUUGGGUAGCUCUGUGACAGACGCGGGCAGCUAUACCUUAGUGACACAUUAUGAGCACUAACUGCCGUUUCAACUGAGCAAGAUUUUGUCGGCGAAGGUCACAGAUGUAAUGAAGAAUGUGUCCCUUGUGCUUUUUUAAACCUGUCUGUCAGCGCAUCUGACCGUUUUCUGGAUCCCUUUGAAAUCUUUGGACUUGGUUGCUUAUUUUGUAGAUUGUGUGCUCUUAUUAACGGAUCCUAGUAAAAAUUGACUUCAUCCAACAUGCGACCCAUCCCAUCCAGGUUCAGCUGUGUGUUCCUGCACUUAUUUGCAUUGUUCUACUACGCGCAGGUAACCAAUCAGUCCCCGCCUAAUUUCACGCAGCAUGUAAGCGAACAGAGCAAAGUGACGGACCGCACGAGCCGCAGGUUGAUCCGGAUCUACCAGCUUUACAGCCGGACCAGCGGCAAACAUGUACAGGUCCUGCCCAACAAGAAGAUCAACGCCAUGGCCGAGGAUGGAGAUGCGCACGCUAAACUCAUUGUGGAAACAGAUACUUUUGGAAGUCGAGUGCGCAUCAGGGGAGCUGAGACUGACCUAUACAUCUGCAUGAACAAGAGAGGGAAGCUCAUUGGCAAGAAAAACGGACAAGGCCGUGACUGUAUCUUCACCGAAAUCGUUCUGGAGAACAACUACACGGCGCUGAAGAACGUCCGUUAUGAGGGCUGGUACAUGGCUUUCACUCGGCGGGGGCGUCCACGGAAGGGCUCACGGACACGCCAGCACCAACGUGAAGUCCACUUCAUGAAGAGGCUGCCAAAGGGGCACCAGCCCACCCAUCCGAGCCACCACCGGCCUUUUGACUUCAUCCACUACCCUUUCAGUCAAAGGACUAAGCGUACGUGAUACCCGUCAGAGAAUAAAACGGAAAAGUCAGAGAAAAAGGAGAACCUGACUGGAUUUCUCUUCUCUCCCCAAAAACCUCUGGAGACAGUUUUAUACUGAUAAAUAUGAUACCUUGAUGAGUAGUUUAUUUUUUGUAAAGUAAAAAAAGCCACACAAAGACAAAAAACAUAUAUUUUUGUACUCCGGAUUUUUAGUACUGACUUGUGUAAAAAAGUAAAGGAAAAGAAAAGUUUGUUUUUAAUCCUCAUGACUCAGUGUUUGACUUUUUGAGGAUAUCGUUUUAGUAGAGUGCCCUGUGUUGAUUAUUGUUCGUUGUUUUUAUCAGUGGAGUCACUUCUUGGACUCUUGCCUGCUGCUCAAGGAGACUUGAAGGACCCUGAUUGACCUCACUGCCAGGGAACGCUAUAUUCAGACACACAAACUGUCUCGUAGUGUACAGGAGGCAACAAGGACUAUAAUCAGAAUUAUUUGUUGGUAACACUGCAGUCCACACUUUUUGCUGGGCGCUGCGUCCUGACUGGGAUUGCUCAUUAUCUCGCUCACACAGUUCAACCAAACAGACAUUCACUAGCAUUGAAUGGAACAACAUGGCAGCUAUACUUGAUAUUCACAGGCUUGUGUUCUGACUGUUUUGUCUCGAUGUGUACAAAAUGCAUUGAAGUGUAAGUGUAAUCCACGGACACAUCCCCUAACCCUUUGUCUUCUCGUUGCUCGCUGAAUGUCUGUUUUUAUACAUAUAUAAAUAUAUUUUUAUUUGAGGAUGUGUAAAAUAAUUUUACGGAUGAUUUAUUUAUUUAAAACGUGUAAUAAAUGCACAUUAGA